AUGACUGAUUCGGCUAGCGCACUGACGGAACACAACGAGCUCGCUCGCAUUUACGAGGUUUUGGAGCUCUAUUCCGAAAUGGUGAAAGAAGUGAAGGCUGUGGUGCAGCUGCGUGAUGCGGCUAAGGAGCAAUUAUCGAUGGAUGAACGAAAUCGUCUCUCCGUCGCGUACAAACACAACACCGGUCGACUUCGCACUGCCUGGCGUGCCACGCCGGAGAUUUUAUCCAACGCAAGGAACUUCACAAUAGCUGGUCUAGUACGUCGAGUUCGGACACAGUUAAAAGAUGAAAUUUUAAGCCAUUGUCAAGAGGUCAUCCAGCUUCUGGAGAAGCAAACUGUCACUCGAGAUGAGGAUGGAGUCUUCCUGUUAAAGAUGCGUGGAGAUUAUCACCGCUAUCAGGCAGAAGUAGACGGAGAGAAGAUGGAGCAUCAGAUGCAGGCUGCGAAGGCGUACACCGAGGCCUCAAAACUGGCAAAGGAUGUUCUCACACCAGCAAAUUCGGUGCGUCUCGGACUCUCGCUCAACCACUCCGUCUUCCUAUUCGAAAUCGUCGGCGACCGUACUGCAGCAUGUCUACUGGCAAGAGAGGCACUGGAACAAGCUCUCAGAGCACUUGAUGAUGCCGAUGUUGAGUGUCAAUCCGAGGUGACCGUUAUUCUUCAACUUCUACGAGACAAUCUCACUAUUUGGACUGCUGAAGAUUCCACCAACGAAUAA